GCAGGCUUGGUAUGGACAUAGAUUCGGAUGACCUUGACAGUGAGUCGGACACGGAGGCCCGUCCUGGCAGUCCCAGCCUCGACAACGGCGCGUCUACGUCCAAGGUCGCUCCCGUGGAGGUGAAGUCUGAGCCAGGGGAGAACUCGUCGGCCGCAUCUCGGGUCUCUUCCAGCACCUCAGAACACGGCGACCCCGCCUCUCUCCAGCAAAGUCCUGUGUUGGGUUCAGAUCACAUCGCUGGUUCUUCGGACUCAAACUCUCCACCACCUGUGGCAGAAGUGAAAACAGAACCUGAUGGUGGCGAUGGAGGAAGUGAGGACAAGCCACACCCCCACUCUCUUCUGUCCCAGUUACCCCCACCGUCCUCCUCCCCCAACGUUGCCGAUAGAAAACCCGGCGACCUCGCCUCGCCCGCUACCGUUGCCGACCCCGCGGAAACAGUUGACCCUAACACACCUGUUGACCUUGAACUUUACGCCAGCGAGAAGGAGCUUGCAGCGUUGGGUCUGGAGCGUUUGAAAUGUGCUCUCAUGUCGCGAGGGAUCAAGUGUGGGGGCACACUGGAGGAACGGGCGGCCAGGCUUUUCUCCGUGCGCGGUUUGUCCACAGAGGAGAUUGAUCCGUGGCUGUUUGCCAAGUCCAAGGGCAAGGGGAAAAAGAGCAAAUAGACUUUGGUGGGAUCCGUGAAGAAUGAGCUCGUGUAUCGUCAGGGUGGGAUCCGUGAAGAAUGAGCUCGUGUAUCGUCAGGGUGGGAUCCGUGAAGAAUGAGCUCGUGUAUCAUCAGGGUGGGAUCCGUGAAGAAUGAGCUCGUGUAUCGUCAGGGUGGGAUCCGUGAAGAAUGAGCUCGUGUAUCGUCAGGGUGGGGUCCGUGAAGAAUGAGCUCGUGUAUCGUCAGGGUGGGGUCCGUGAAGAAUGAGCUCGUGUAUCGUCAGGGUGGGAUCCAUGAAGAAUAAGCUCGUGUAUCGUCAGGCUGGGAUCCAUGAAGAAUGAGCUCGUGUAUCAUCAGUCGGCCUUCUGUUCACAUUCAUUAAGUCCAAAAUUUUUAAUUAAAAAAUAAAAAUUGCAGUUUCUUAACCC